AAUUCCGAAAAAAAAAAAAAUGAGCUAAAGGUUCCGCAAAUAACUCUUGCUUUUUCCAGCUCAUUUCCACCUGCCCGCCGCCGGCUAUGAGACUCUCCGGCGACUCACUCACUGCCGCCGCUCCUCAAAUUCUUCUUCCAAAGUCUGCAUUUUCGAUCCAACGGCGUUUUCAGCCUCACGGCGAGUCUGUCACCGCCGAGGCGGCGGCGAUUCUGUCUCAGAGUCUCGCGCACAUCGGAAAAUUCGGGUGCCAAUACGGCGCGUCGUCACAAUAUGCUUCUCAAUUCGGAGAUUUGGCGCCGGAGGCGCAGCGUGGAAUUGAAUCGUUGAGUUUUGAAGUGCGAAGCCCUUCUUCUCCACCUAGUUUGAUUCCGCGCCCUACAUUGAGCUUGAGCGACCAAGCUUUUUUGCUCCUUGCCUCCAUCGGUUGCACGGAGUAACUGCAUCGAUUAGUGGAUUUUCCCUGAUUUCGGGUUCGGGUCACCGAAAAUUUCGGUACGGGUAUUCGAAUCCGAACCGACACCCAUUGUCGGUGGCGGUGGGUGGUCAGUGACAAAAAUGCUUACGUGCAAACACUCUUUCAAGUUUAAUUAUAUAUAUGCGUUGUAUCUUUCACACUAUUUUUACCAUAACCAAUUACAAGAGUGUCGGCAACCCCUUUCUCUCUCUCCAAAAUAUUUGUACCUGUCAUUGACGAAACGAAUGUGAUACUGAUUCCAGUGAGCAAUAGUGGUUAGAAACACUUUAAUAAAGUCCAGUUGUAAGCGCUCUUAUUGGACAAGAUUUGCCAGCCACCAUUUCUCUCCCUCUCUCUCUCUCUCUCUCUCUCUCUCUCUCUUCCACUUCAGUUGCAGAUCUUCAUAGCAAGAAGAAUCUGCAACUAUGGCAUUCUGCUUCAAAUUCACAGCUCCCACCAUUUUGCUGCUGUUCUUGCUCUCUUGCUUCUCCUUUCCUUCAACAGAAGCGUAUGAUGCUCUUGAUCCGAAUGGAAAUAUCACAAUAAAAUGGGACGUUAUCACUUGGACACCCGAUGGCUAUGUGGCUGUUGUAACAAUGUUCAACUUCCAACAAUAUCGUCACAUCCAAGCACCGGGUUGGACUUUGGGGUGGACAUGGGCGAAGAAGGAGGUGAUAUGGAGCAUGAUGGGAGGCCAAACUACAGAGCAAGGGGAUUGCUCAAAGUAUAAAGGGAAUACCCCCCAUUGCUGCAAGAAAGAUCCAACAGUCGUGGACCUAUUGCCCGGAACUCCCUAUAACCAACAGAUUGCAAACUGUUGCAAAGGAGGGGUGAUUGGUUCAUGGGGGCAAGAUCCGACUAAUGCUGCGAGCUCGUUCCAAGUCAGUGUUGGCGCUGCUGGGACCACCAACAAGACUGUGAGGAUGCCCAGGAACUUCACCUUGAGAGCACCGGGUCCUGGAUACACCUGCGGACCUGCCAAAAUCGUGAAGCCUACCAAAUAUGUUUCUUCGGAUGGGAGGCGAGUCACUCAGGCAAUGAUGACAUGGAAUAUUACAUGUACAUAUUCACAGUUUCUGGCUCAAAAAACUCCCUCUUGCUGCAUGUCACUCUCGUCCUUCUACAAUGACACGAUUGUUCCUUGCCCGACGUGUACCUGUGGAUGCCAAAACAAUGCUACAGAUCCAGGAAGCUGUGUCAAUCCGGACUCACCAUACCUCGCUUCAGUCGUUUCACAACAAGAGAAGAGCAACAAGUACGCGCCUCUAGUCCAAUGCACGAGCCACAUGUGCCCCAUUCGUGUCCACUGGCACGUGAAGCAGAACUACAAGGACUAUUGGAGGGUUAAGGUCACCAUAACAAACUUCAACUACAGGAUGAAUUACACCCUGUGGAACUUAGUCAUCCAACACCCCAACUUCGAUAACCUGACGCAGAUAUUCAGCUUCAACUACAAGCCUCUCAAUCCCUACCAAGAUAUAAAUGAUACUGCCAUGCUAUGGGGAGUCAAGUACUACAACGAUCUGCUCAUGGAAGCCGGCCCUCUAGGAAACGCGCAGUCAGAGUUCCUAUUCCGCAAGGACAAGUCCACCUUCACUUUCGAGAAGGGCUGGGCCUUCCCUAGACGGAUUUACUUCAAUGGUGACAACUGCGUCAUGCCACCUCCCGAUGAAUAUCCGUAUCUACCAAGUGCCACCACCCGCCAGAAUGUCUCCUUCCUUCAGCUGCUCAUCGCUCUAUUGGCCGUCGUUUUCGCAUGUUUUUAACAGAGAUUUGGCAUCGUUGAGGAGGAGGAUUCGACGUUCUUGGCAUUUCUAUGCGCUACGAGAUAUAUCAGAGUCUCAGACUUGAGAUUAUACAGCAGCAGUGAACUCUGGUGCACAAACUGGUGCAGGGCAUGAAAAAUGGUUCCAGUUCAUUCUUCAAUUGUGGCUCGUGUUUUUUACAUGGCAUGCAUUUUAGAUCUUGCAAUUGUUGAUACUAUUUAUGUAUAGAAUUGUGAUGAGAAUAACAACAUUUUGGUAGAUACAAGUGAUGUUUGAUUGUUGAAAUAGUGUUGAGUGUAAGAGUUUCAUAAAUAUAGAGAGACAAUUUUUACAUA